UGAGAGCGAUGCCCAGUACUGCGUCGGGAAUUAGAGAGAGCAUGACUGUGAUCGCGAAUUCGGUGCCUCCACUCUCUCCGCAGGCGUCGAGCCUCAUCACGUGGAUCUUUAAGCAAAUUGGUGAUGUCGUUUAUCUUCCUGCUAACAUGAUGGAUGUCUCGACCGCGCUAUGUGGUAGUGGACCUGCUUUCUUUGCCCUGAUGCUGGAAGCUGCCAUCGAUGGUGCGGUUGCUAUGGGUCUUCCGAGAGCAGAGGCACAGAGAAUGGCGGCGCAGACGAUGAAGGGCGCUGCGGGGUUAGUCUUGGCCGGUGAACAUCCAGCGAUCUUGAAGGAUAAGGUCAGCACUCCUGGUGGGUGUACGAUAGGAGGAUUGUUGGUGUUGGAGGAAGGGAGCGUCAGGGGCACGGUUGCGAAAGCAGUUCGAGAGGCAACUUGUGUUGCCAGUCAACUCGGGAAGGGUGUCCAGGGAGUUAAUGGAACUAGAUUUUAGACAAUAAGCCUUGGGACGUCACGAAUCAUUGCAGAGGCUGUAAACUCGUCUGGUAUUCAUCAAAAUCAUUUCCAUGUCGC